AUGAAAGAAGUCAAAUUAGUGAUAGACAUAAAAGGAAUAGUAGAAACAUGCAAAGCUAUGAAAAGUAUAUUUGGCGUGAAGAUGGCUAUUGAGUGUGAUAAUAAUGUAGGUCGUUUAGCUAUUCUCAAGCACAUGCUCAAAGACAAUCUGAAAAUAGAAGACAGCUCGUACAGUGCUGACGACAAUCAAUAUAUCAUAAAAACAGCUGAAAAUGAGAUCUGCCAAUCUUUUAUAUACAGAUACCCUGUGUUUCCUCGGAUUAUAAGUAAAUUAAAUGAUGCAAUAAAGAAUGAAGAAAAGGAUGAAAUAAUCAGAUCGUAUGCCAUCGAGUUAGCCAAUGAACUUAUGGAAAUGAACCCCCUUGUAUACAACCCAGAGCAUGGGAUAAGUAGGAAGACUGAAGCAGUCGAGAAAAUAAAGUUAGAUGCCAGCGAUGAUACUCUAGGCGCCAGAACAUGCACGCUAGAGAUCAAUGAUGCAAUGUUUCCCAGCCUGAGAAGCAUGGCUGAUUAUACUACAGAAAGUUUGAACAGGGAUACCUUUUAUCACUUAUCUAGUUCACUACAGCCAACGGGCAUGUUUCUUCUAAAAGACUUUGCAUCCGCGUCCAUAAAAGAGUACUACACUGUAUAUGGCCUCUACACUAAAAGAGAUGAAAAGACUAAUUUACUAUUGGUAAACUAUGGUCUGUAUCUUAUCCACGAAAACUACUUUAAAAUUCUAGGCAUAAUCAAAAAGAUUAAAAAAAUGAACAACGAUAAAGCUCAAAAACAGUCUAUAAUUGACCAAGUGAAUGGAUUAUUUGCCUCUGAAGAAGACUUCAAAGUGGUCUUUUCCGUUAUUGAGAAUAUAGAAUCAAUUAUAGCUGAAAAAAGCAUGCAGAAGCACAUGAUUAGUGAAGUAGCAUACAUUACAAACAAUAUCGACCUUUUGGGUGGAACAGGCGAGCCAAAGACCCUAAAACUUGGGGAAAAUCUGAGUGUUUUUGCAAGAGACUUCAUAGAAGUCAAUAAAAAUUUGAAGCAUAAAGUGGACACAGAAGUUGCUAAACUAAGAGCAAAAAAAGAAGCAUUAGAAACAGAAAAGAAAGAAUAUGAUGGAACAUCUUUGAAAAGUCAAAAUAAAAUGCGCACUAUUAGUGAUAUAGAAAACGAUAUAAUAUCACUAGAGUGGAAGAUAAAAAAAGAAGAAUCACUAUAUGGUGACAUUCUCUUUCUUCAAGAUAAUCUGCAGUUUUUUGAUAACUUAAGCCAAGCCCAAGUAAACUACUUGCACAUGAAAAUAAAAGGAACUUUAGAAGCUCAGAAUCCGAAAGCAAAAGAACUAGAAAAGCCUGAAGAAGCAGUAAAAGCGCCAGAAACAAAGCUCAAUGGAAAAGAACAGCCACCAUUCAAAGAACAAGUACCUCCACAGCCAGUACUUAAUGACCAGCCGCCAUUAGAAGAACAAGUAUCUCCACAGUCACCACUUGAUGAACAGCCAAAAACAGAUAUGCAUGCACAACCAUCACCACAGUCACCACUUGAUGAACAGCCAUCAUUCGAAGAACAAGCACCACCGCAUCCAGCAUCUACAAAAAGCAAGAUAGUUUCAGCCCUAAAGAUUGUAGUGUCCGUGUUCUUAGUUGUUCUCUUUAUAGUAUCAACAAUAUUCUUUGGCUACAGAAUAGAAAACAGAAUGAAAAGCACCAACAACUAA